CGCAAAAACUUGUCCCGAACGACCUCUGUCGACGACACAUCCACUCCCGCCUGCUCACGACCUGCUUUGGCUCGUCGUCCCUGCAAGUCCUCCGUCUUCGACAGAACCCGUUCGCCGUCGCCUCCCGCCUGCCGGCCAGCUUCCCCUCCUUCCGUACAGAUCAGCCAUGAGACCCAUCCUGCUCAAGGGACACACCCGCUCGCUGACAAAGAUCAGAUACAACCGAGACGGCGAUCUCCUGUUCACUGUCUCGAAGGACUCUACACCCUCGGUCUGGUUCUCCCACAACGGCGAGCGCCUGGGCACAUACAAUGGCCACAACGGCACCGUCUGGGACCUGGAUAUCUCCGUCGACAGCCGACGCCUCCUGACCGGCUCCGCUGACCAAACCUGCAAAAUGUGGGACGUUUACACCGGAAAGUGUCUCUUCACCUGGAACACCCGCACUGCCGUCCGUGCUGUUUCUUUUGCCGAAGGCGACAAGCAGGCUCUCUUCGUUACCGAUGCCGUCAUGGGCCAGCCCUCGACCAUCCACAUUGUCCCCAUCGAAGACAACGUUGCUGACCAAACCGAAGAGCCCGUCAACAAAAUCAUCAUCACCGGAUCAAAGGCCACCGUCGCUGUUUGGUGUUCCCUCAACGAAUACAUCUUGACGGGCCAUGAAGACGGCUCAAUAUCGCUGUGGGAUCCUGCCACCGGCAACCGACUCAAGCGGGUGGAGAACCACAAGGCCACCAUCCAGGACAUUCAGUUCUCCAAGGACAAGACCUUCUUCAUCACAGCCUCGCGAGACCACUCGUGUCAGAUCUAUGACACGGCCACUCUGAAGGUUCUGAAGCAGUUUGUUACCGAGCGACCCUGCAACGCCGCCGCGAUCUCUCCCAUCCGACCGCACAUCAUCCUCGGUGGUGGUCAGGACGCCAUGACCGUCACCCAGACCAACGUCAAGGAGGGCAAGUUCGAAGUCCGAUUCUACCACCAAGUCUUUGAGGAGGAGAUUGGCCGUGUCAAGGGCCACUUUGGUCCCAUCAACACGCUGGCAUUCCACCCUGAUGGCAAGAGCUUUGCUUCGGGCGGUGAGGAUGGUUACGUUCGGCUGCAUCACUUUGACGACGACUACUUCACCUUCAAGUUCGAGGAGGAGAGUCUCGAGAACUACGCCUAGAGGCUCUGAGCUGCGUGUCUGCCGAUCCCGGCCAAUGUCUGUCUCACUCUUUGGCUGUCAGUGUCGCCGAGAGAGCCUUGUCUACUCCCGAGCGAUCCUGCCGAACCCGAGUGGAGGAUGUGUGGUAGGAUCCGCCGCGGCUGUGUGAAACGGUUUUUUGUGAUGGUUGAAUGGUUGCCACAGUACCGAGGGGCCACGAUUCUGCUCUGCGCCCGAUGCGGGAUCCAUGUAUGUAGUUCUCCCAAGAAACAAAUAGCAAAAAAUAAAACGUGGCGGGGGAGCACCCGACGUGUUCCACACUG